AAGCUCAACCUACAAGAAAAUAAAAAUAUAAAGUUUUGUUAAAAUCUAAUGCUUAUUAAGUGUAGAUUAAGCUAUCCAUUUCUUGUUUUUUAUUUUUGUAUUCCAUCAAAUCAAAAUCAUUGCUUUCUACUUCAGUUUGCUUCAAAUAUGUGUAGAAAAACAAUACUUCAAAGUUAUUUUUUCUAAAUUUGUCCUUACACUAGUUCAUUAAAAUGAACUAACCUCGUCCAAACAAAAGCACAAUAAAAUCGAGUGUUAAUAAAAUAUGCUGUAAGAAUCAGCGAAAAACGGGGGCAAAAAGGGGGGGCUGAGGGUCCAGCUGGAGUCAACCGGGAAACUUUUGAAGAAUCAACUACUGCACGCCUUUAAUUCUUCACCAUGGCUUUGGCGGACGAGAGCAACUACACCUAUGUCAAACAGGUGGCCCUUGACUGGCGGGAACUGGUGCGUGAGAAGCGCCAGACCAUGACCUUGUCUCCCACAAUAAGUAUGCUGGCAGAAGAGUCCCAACUGCGGAUGGCGGAACCAAAGUCCCGGACACAGUCGAUGAUCCCGGCCGAGAGGAGGGACUCCAGCUUUUACCGACACCGUUUCUCGCAGCAGCCUAAGGAGCCUAUUGAGAUCGAACACCGGGAAGGAUCGAUGGAGGCGAGCCGCAUUCGGGUCAAUGAUGACGUUCAACUGUACAUCUACCAGCCGAUCCGGGUCACCGACUCUGUUCGGGCCUCGGUCCAUGCCAUGUCCCCCAGUGACAUCAGCAUGACUUCCACCAAACUGGAGGACCCCAUUAAUUUGGCAAAUCCAGUUCCACUACCAGAGCCCAAGUCGCCAUAGUCAGAUUCUCUGUUUCUGUUAACGAUGAUAAAAAUAUUAGCAACCGUAAUAAAAAAAGAGAGCUUUUCUCGUGUCCCCACCCCCACAAAAAGUUGUUAUAAGUAAAUAAAUUCCGUACAAUUACCCUA